AUGGAGACGCAAUUCAAGCUGGAGCGUAACAUACAGAUUACAGAGCUCUCUGAAGAAGUCCUCGGGAACAUCUCUCUCCAGAUCAUGACGGUGAAUAAUACCGUCGUGAAGAGAAUCCAUCCGUCUGUCAUUGCCCCGUCAGAAGACCGGCUUAGCGAAAGCCUUCAAUUGUUGAGCAUCUCACGGAAUGAUUUGUCCCGAGUGGAUGAAAAUGGAUGGGAAACUCCUAACUUGACGUUUCUUGACAUGGGUUACAACCCACUUCCGAAGUUCCCAUCUUCUGUGAUCAAGAGCUUAUCGAAACUGCAGACAUUUUUGUGUCCAAAUUGUAAUCUAGGACCCACCCUUACCAAGGGGAUGUUAGAAUUCCACAGCAAGACUUUGGGCACCGUAUCCCUUUGGAAUAAUGGCAUCUCAAUAAUGGAGUCAGAAGCCAUCACAGGGGUCACGGCAGGCACGACUAUUUUCCUAAGUGGGAAUAACAUAUCUACCUUGGAAGAGGAGAUCUUCCGUCCCAUCCUUGAGGUCAUUUCAAAGGGACGUGGAUUCCUUUAUAUUCACUACAAUCCCAUCCAGUGCGAUUGCAGUUUGGCCUGGCUGGCAUUGCGUCCAGAGCUACUGAGAAAAGUCCAGGGGAGAUGUGCUAGUGGGCAAUUCGAACUGUCGAAUAGCAUGGAUAUUACGGAACUCUCCGAUGACGUUUUCGGGGAUCUCUCCUUCCAGGUCAUCAUGGUCGGCAACACCGCCGUGAAGAGGAUCCAUCCCUCGGUCAUCCUAUCUUCCGAAGACAGGCUUGUCAACUUUACCAUUCGUAACAGUCCCCUGGAGGAAUUUCCUUUCUACCUUCUUCCGAGAUUCCCCCGCCUUAAAAUACUCUCCCUUGUUAACAAUUCCCUCACCUCAGUCCCUGAGCUCCGGAGCGAGAGCCUGCAGCUAUUGUCCAUCUCAAGGAAUAAAAUUACGAGAUUAGAAGAAAAUGCAUGGGUGACUCCGAACUUGAAAUUCCUCGACAUUGGCGACAAUCCCUUGUCGGGGAUCCCAUCUGCAGUGAUCAUGAGCUUGGAGAAACUAGAGAAAUUUUGGUGUUCAGGGUGCAAUCUAGGACCUACCAUAUCAACCGGGGUGUUGCAAUUCCAAAGUGAGGCCUUGAAGAUGGUGUCGCUUUGGAGCAACGGUAUCUCGGGACUGGAACCGAAGGCCAUUACAGGGAUCAAAGCUAACACAGAGGUCCAUCUUACGAGGAACAAAAUUGCGACAUUGAACGAGGAGACCUUCCGACCCAUCUUGGAAAUCAUGCCCGUUGGAAUGGGAUUUCUCGAUCUGAAGGGCAAGCCAGUCACAAGAACGAGUAUGCCAAAUGCAAAUGUGAUGGGAUCAGUUGGAAUGGUGGUGACUUCGUUGGGAAUUAUUUCCAUCGUGGUUUUCAUCGUGAGCUCUAUCUCCUACUAUCGAAUCAGGAAAACACGAACUCAGAACCUUGUCCUGAUAAGGAAUGAGUCAGAGCGGUUUCGAAGGGGACAACCUGAGAACAUCAAUCCUUCUUUGGGGCUCAGCGAACAAGCAGAUCUCCUGCCCUAUUACGAGGACUGGGAGUUCCCACCAGAGAAGCUAAGACUGGAUGGAGAGAAUGACUCCGGAAAUGAAAUUUUAGCUGCCAACAAGCAACAAGUGCACUCACAAGGCAAGGUUCUACCCAGGACCUUUAGUACCAGCGAUCUGGUUUCUUGGGCCUAUCAGAUAUCUCAAGGCAUGGAGUACUUGGUGUCCCAAAAGCGCCUUUUUGACAUGAACAAGCCAUUUGAAGAGAUGAACGCUGAGUUCUUCGAGGAAAACAAAGGCUAUCUGCGAAUGAUGAGGUCAGAGACAUUUGACGAUAGAUAUCUUCGACCAUUGAGAUUUCAGAAUGAUUACGUGCGAAAAGUAGUUCCUCCUUGUAAAGCCAGCAUUUCCAGUGAAGAAUACUUGGAGAUGGAUGCAGACUACCUUCCAAUGGUAGCUUCCGGAUCGAUAGAAUAUGGAGUAUAUGUAAACGAGAAAUCAAGGGAGAGAAAGGAAGAUCCAGGGGCUGUUAUCAACAUGUCAAAUGAAGAAAAUGCCACAUUUAAAAGGGAAAUUAAUAGUGCAAACGUGUCCCAAACAAUUACAGCACGUGAAUCGUCGAUGGUUGGUGAACUACAUGGCUUUCAAAGUGAACAGGAAGAAAGCAAUGACGAGUCCAGACUGCCUGAUGAUUAUUAUUUGGAUAUGACUUCAUCUGUACCGAGCACCGCCUCCUAGGCAAGGACAAUCAGAACUGUCGUGCAUUGUGCUCUUAAGUGGAAUUCGUACAAAAUGUGCUUGUGAUCUCAGAGCAAACGUUUGUACCUCACCCUCAAAAGACCUGGGUGGCACGUAUCAGUCCCAAAUCCUUUUGCUUUUAUUAUUUGUGGUUUGAGAAG